AUGCCUCCUAAACCGCCGCCUCCUCCACCUCCUCCAGGUGGGCAGGGCUCACGAAAUGGCAAUUCGGCUCGUGCUCCACCUCCGCCACCGCCUCCAUCUGUCCAUAGAAAUGGUGUUUCAAGACCUUCAACAAGACCUCCUCCACCUCCAUCGGCUACGAGGCUCCCGCCACCUCCACCAGCUGGAGCUGAGCGUCCGAGAAAGAUGCAAAAAGUUUCUCUGUCGCUGACAUCCACGAAAGAGCAGCUUGAGGCGAAGAAACGGGAUUGGCUACAGCACCAGAAACUCAGGUUCAGGGCAUCUACGUCAACUACGAAGAAAGGCGGCAUUGUUAAACCCCAGAAAUCUCAAAUGCCUCCUGAGCAUCUACGAAAGAUCAUGUUUGAUCAUGGAGACCUUUCCUCGAAGAAGGUGGCUUCGGAUAAGAGAUCCCAUUUGGGUUCCCUCAAGUACAUGCCUCAUGCUAUUCUUAAGCUUCUAGAAAACAUGCCCCAGCCGUGGGAGCAAGAAAAAGAGGUUUCGGUCCUCUAUCAUAUCACUGGUGCCAUUACUUUUGUUGAUGAAGUGCCUAAGGUGAUAGAACCUGUUUAUACUGCCCAAUGGGCCUCUGCAUGGACCAUGAUGAGACGAGAAAAGCGUGAUAGAAGGCGUUUCAAAAGGAUGAGAUUCCCUCCGUUUGACGAUGACGAGCCUCCCAUUGACUGGUCGGAGAAUUUGGAAGACGUGACUCCUCCAGACCCUAUCCAGCUUGAUACAGAAGAGAAUCUGGACUAUGCUGCAAUUGCAGACUUGCUCUACGAUGAAAAGCCUUUUGUGGAGGCCAGCGAAGGAGGAUCCGUUAAUGGAGAAUCAUACAAAUAUUGGAGCCUUGAUAUCGUCACUAUGGCGGCUCUUUACCGUCUUUCCACUCCACUUUUACCGCAUGUCACUGACCCUAAUUACUAUUACCUUUUUAACAAGGAAGCAUUUUUUACAGCAAAAAGUUUGAACGUUGUGGUUCCAGGUGGUCCUAAGUUCGAGCCUUUGUUCAAGGACAAAAUCAAUAAUAAAGAGCUUGAAGAUUUCACGGAAUUCAACGCUAUAGACAGAAUCAUCUUCAGAGUUCCCGUGAAAACUGAGUACAAGGUUGCACUCCCAUACCUUUACAACUCGUUCGUUAAGGAUGUGGAAGUUCCGUGGUAUCACGACAAUAUCCGUACGAUACCAGAAGAUGAGGAUGACAAGGAAAGACCGGCUUUUUUCUUCUCCAAAGACUACAACCCAAUUGAACCUCAUAGGUUCUCCACAAAGAAGGCCGAAGAUAGUUUUAUAGACUUUGACCUCGACGACAUACAACUUCCAGAAGGAUUUGGACCUUUCAUGUCAACCACGUUUGAGGAAGAUGAUGUUGAAGUUCCUGUGCCUCUCGAACCAGCUCACUCAUCUGACGCACUUCAACUUUGGUGGGCUCCAUUCCCAUUUAACCGUCGCUCUGCUUCCACGGUACGGGCUCAAGAUGUUGCUCUUGUGAAGGCUUGGUAUAAAGAGAGACCGCCCCGUGAUGUUCCAGUGAAGACUCGUGUUUCUUAUCAAAAGCUCUUAAAAGGUUACGUCCAUAACGAGCUUAAGAACCCUCCUGGUUCCAAGAGUGGACUGGCUAAUCAACGUAAGGUGAGUCUUCUUAAAAGUUUGAAGAAUACAAAGUACUUCCAACAAACAUCGAUUGAAUGGGUUGAAGCUGGUCUCCAACUUUGCAGACAAGGACACAAUAUGCUAAACUUGUUGCUUCACAAGCGUGGUCUCACGUAUUUGCAUCUUGAUUAUAAUUUUAAUCUUAAACCCACGAAGACCUUGACAACCAAGGAGAGAAAAAAGUCUAGAUUCGGACAUGCUUUCCACCUCAUCAGAGAGCUUUUGAGAAUUGUGAAGAUACUUGUUGACUCUCACGUCCAGUUCCGUUUAGGACAGGUUGACGCUUAUCAAUUGGCAGAUGGUAUCUACUACACUUUGAAUCACAUUGGUCAGCUCACUGGUAUCUAUCGUUACAAGUACAAGGUCAUGCACCAGAUUCGUGCGUGCAAAGACCUCAAACAUGUGGUUUACUCUAAUUUCAACCAGUCGAUUGGAAAGGGACCUGGAUGUGGUUUCUGGCAGCCAGCAUGGAGGGUCUGGUUAUCCUUCAUCCGCGGUACUAUCCCCAUGUUAGAGAGAUGGCUCGGUAACUUGCUUGCUCGUCAAUUCGAGGGAAGACGGAGUAACGAUGUUGCUAAGACAGUCACGAAACAAAGAAUUGACUCCUACUAUGAUUUGGAAUUGAGAGCUCAGGUCAUGCACGACAUUUUGGAUAUGAUCCCAGAAGGCUUGAAACAAAACAAAUCUGCAUUGAUCUUACAGCACUUGAGUGAAGCUUGGAGAUGUUGGAAAGCUAAUAUCCCAUGGAAAGUGCCAGGAUUGCCUGAACCUAUCGAGAAGAUCAUCGAGCAUUACAUCAAAGCAAAGGCAGAUGGUUGGAUUUCCAUUGCUCAUUAUAACCGUGACCGUAUCAUGCGUGGUGCUACUGUUGAGAAGUCUAUGGUUAAGAAGAACCUUGGUCGUCUUACCAGACUUUGGAUCAAGGAUGAGCAAGAAAGACAGAGCCAAUUUUCCAAAGAAGGCCCAUAUGUCACACCAGAUCAGGCUGUCAUUAUCUUCCAGACUAUGGUCCAGUGGCUCGAGAGCAGAAAGUUCAAUCCUAUUCCCUUCCCACCUAUAUCCUAUAAGCAUGACACUAAAUUGUUGGUUCUUGCCUUAGAGAAUCUUAAGGAGAACUUUAAUGCUAAUGCCAGACUCAACUCUGCUCAGAGAGAAGAGCUCGCGUUGAUCGAGCAAGCUUAUGACAACCCUAAUGAAUGCUUGGCUCGUAUCAAGAAGUAUCUUUUGACGCAGAGAAUCUUUAAAGAGGUUGGUUUGGAGUUGGUUGACCAUUACGAUCAUUUAUCUCCCGUUUACACCAUUGAUCCUUUGGAGAAGAUCACCGAUGCAUACUUGGACCAAUACUUAUGGUAUGAAGCUGACAAGAGAAUGCUUUUCCCCAACUGGGUUAAGCCUUCAGAUGAUGAGAUUCCUCCUUUGCUUGUCUACAAAUGGUGUCAAGGAGUGAACAACCUUGAUAAUGUGUGGGAUACUUCUCACGGUGAAAGUAAUGUCAUUUUGGAAACUUCUUUAAGCAAAGUCGCCGAAAAGAUGGAUUUCACUCUUCUCAACAGACUUCUCCGUCUUAUUGUUGAUCCAAACAUUGCUGAUUACAUCACCUCCAAAAAUAACGUUUCAUUGUCCUACAAAGACAUGAACCACGUCAAUCAAUACGGUCUUAUUCGUGGUUUGCAUUUCUCAUCUUUCAUCUUCCAGUACUACUGCUUGGCCAUCGAUCUUUUGAUUCUUGGUUUGGAUAGGGCUUCUGAAAUUGCGGGACCAGUUCAACAGCCAAACAGCUUCCUUAACUUCAAAGAUGUUGAAACUGAGACGUCUAAUCCUAUCAGGCUUUACUGCAGAUACAUGGACAAGGUCCACGUCUUUUUCAGAUUUGACCAAGAGGAUGCUGAUGGUCUAGUAUCUGAUUUCCUUAUGGAGAACCCAGAUCCAAACAACACUAAUAUCAUCGGCUACAACAACCAUAAAUGUUGGCCCAGGGAUUCAAGAAUGCGUCUUAUGCGUCAAGAUGUCAACCUUGGAAAAGCUGUGUUCUGGGAAGUGUCUAACAGAGUUCCAACUACCAUUACAACUAUGGACUGGACUGACUCUUUUGCAUCAGUUUACUCGCCAGAGAAUCCUAACUUGCUCUUCUCCAUGUGCGGUUUCGAGGUGCGUAUUUUGCCCAAGAUUCGUAUGACUGAAGAUCUGUCUUCACAUGAAGGUGUUUGGGAUCUUGUCAACCAAACUACCAAGGAGCGUACAGCGAAGGCAUUCCUCAAGGUCUCGGAGAAGGAAGUCGAGCGUUUUCAGAACAGAAUCAGGCAGAUUUUGAUGUCUACUGGUUCUGCAACGUUCACCAAGGUCGGCGCCAAAUGGAAUACUGCGUUGAUUUCAUUAUUUGCAUACUUCAGAGAAGCCACUGUUGCAACCGAGUCAUUGCUUGACGUUCUUGUUAAAUGUGAGACUAAGAUUCAAAACCGUGUGAAGAUGGGAUUGAACUCCAAGAUGCCUUCUCGUUUCCCACCUGCUGUUUUCUACACGCCAAAAGAAUUGGGUGGUCUUGGAAUGUUGAGUGCUUCUCAUAUCUUGAUUCCAGCUUCUGAUCUCAAGUGGUCCAAGCAGACGGAUACUGGUAUCACUCAUUUCCGUGCCGGUAUGAACCAUCAAGAAGAGAGGAUGAUUCCUACAAUCUUCAGAUACAUGACUACGUGGGAGAAUGAGUUUUUGGAUUCCCAAAGAGUUUGGGCAGAAUAUGCCAUCAAGAGACAAGAAGCAGUGGAGCAGAACCGCCGUAUCACCUUUGAAGAUAUGGAAUCCAGCUGGGACCGAGGCUUACCUAGAAUCAGUACUUUGUUCCAGAAAGAUAGGCAGACUCUUGCUUACGAUAAAGGGCAUAGAGUCAGAAGGGAGUUCAAGACUUUCGCUUUGACUCGUGCCAAUCCAUUCUGGUGGACCAACAGUCAUCAUGACGGUAAAUUGUGGAACUUAGCGUCUUAUAGAACGGACGUGAUUCAGGCACUUGGUGGUAUUGACACCAUUCUUGAACAUACUCUUUUCAAGGGAACUGGCUUCGAUUCUUGGGAAGGCUUAUUUUGGGAGAAGGCUUCAGGUUUUGAGGACUCUUUGAAGUUCAAGAAGUUAACUAAUGCCCAGAGAUCUGGUUUGAGUCAGAUUCCUAACCGUCGUUUCACUCUCUGGUGGUCUCCAACCAUUAAUAGAGCCAAUGUUUACGUUGGUUUCUUGGUUCAGUUGGACUUGACCGGUAUCUUCCUUCACGGUAAGAUCCCUACGUUGAAGAUCUCAUUGAUUCAAAUCUUCAGGGCGCAUUUGUGGCAAAAGAUUCAUGAAAGUUUGGUUCAAGAUAUUUGCCAGGUUUUGGAUAAAGAGUUGGAGGUGUUACAUGUGGACUCAGUUGAGAAGCAAGCUGUGCAUCCAAGGAAAUCGUACAAGAUGAACUCAUCAAGUGCUGAUAUUGUUCUUAACAGUACCUAUAAAUGGAACGUUUCCAGGCCUUCGCUUUUACAUGAUAAAGGAGACUCCUUCGACAGUGCUACUGCCACUAAGUACUGGAUUGAUGUUCAAUUGAGGUAUGGUGAUUAUGACUCGCACGAUAUCUCUAGAUAUACUCGUGCCAAGUUUUUGGACUAUACUACUGAUAGUACGAGCUCGUAUCCUUCUCCUACGGGUGCUAUGGUUGGUGUUGAUCUUGCUUACAACGUUUAUGACGUUUACGGUAAUUGGUUCAGUGGUCUCAAGCCUUUGAUGCAAAAUGCCAUGAAGGAGAUCAUGAAGGCUAAUCCAGCCUUGUACGUUUUGCGUGAGCGUGUGAGAAAGGGUCUUCAAUUGUACCAGUCUCAGCCUCAGGUUGCUUUGUUGAAUUCGUCAAACUAUGCGGAGUUGUUCAACAACGAGACUCAGUUGUUCAUUGACGACACGAAUGUGUACAGAGUCACGGUCCACAGAACUACCGAGGGUAACUUGACUACAAAGCCUGUGAACGGAGCUGUGUUCGUGCUUAAUCCAAAAACUGGACAAUUGUUCCUCAAGAUUAUUCAUGUGUCUGUUUGGGCUGGCCAAAAGAGACUUGGUCAAUUGGCUAAAUGGAAAACGGCAGAAGAAGUGGCAGCGUUGGUGAGAUCUCUUCCACGUGAAGAGCAGCCUAAACAGUUGAUUGCCACGAGAAAAGGUAUGCUUGAUCCUCUUGAAGUGCAUAUGUUGGACCACCCUAAUAUCAGCAUUCGGUCGUCAGAGCUUCACUUGCCUUUUGCAGCUGCACUUAAGAUCGAUAAGUUGUCUGACGUGGUUAUGAAGGCGACUGAGCCUCAGAUGGUGUUGUUCAACUUCUAUGAUAAUUGGCUUGACAGCAUCUCGUCGUACACUGCUUUCUCGAGAACCAUAUUGAUUUUGCGUGCCAUGGGAAUUAGUCAGGAGAGGACCAACAUGAUUCUUCGCCCUGAUGCUAGUGUGGUGACACAAACUAACCACAUCUGGCCUACUUUGUCUGACGAACAAUGGAUUGACGUCGAGACUCAGUUGAGAGACUUGAUUUUGAAUGACUUUGCUAAGAAGAAUAAUGUGAAUGUCCAGUCUUUGACCCAGUCUGAAGUUCGUGAUUUGAUUUUGGGCCAGGAAGUCAAGGCUCCUUCGGCAAGAAGACAGCAAAUUGCUGAUGUCGAGAACGCUACCAAGGAUGACCCAGAUGCAGCUAAUGCCAACCAACAACUCACUGCCUUGAAGACAAAGAGUCAGAACGUUCAUGGUGAAGAAAUCACAACUAUCACCACAACAAACUACGAGCAGCUGGCGUUCAGUUCUAAGAAUGAGUGGCAGAACCGAGCCAUCGCUGCCAAUAACUUGCAUUCGAGGACCAAGGAUAUUUAUGUUACUUCGGAAGAUUUUGACGAUGAUGAAAGUUUCACAUACAUCAUGCCCAAGAACCUUCUUAAGAAAUUUGUUCAAAUUUCCGAUACCAGAACUCAGAUUGGUGGUUUCGUGUAUGGUACUUCGCCAGCUGAUAACGCCCAAAUCAAAGAAGUCAAGGCAAUUGCCAUGGUUCCUCAGCUUGGUAACUCUCAUUCGAUCCAGUUCCCUAACAAGAUCUUUGACAAGAAUCUGCACGAAUAUCUCAAGGACCUUGAACUUCUCGGCUGGAUCCAUACUCAGAACCAUGAUCUCGGCAUGUUGAGCCCUGUCGAUGUCACUGCCUUAGCUGGUUUCUUGAACAAGAAUGAGACAUUGUGGAACGAGAACUUGGUUACCUUGACUGUCGCUCUCACUCCAGGAUCUGUUACCUUAACAGCAUUUGGUCUUAACAAUGAUGGAUACGAAUGGGGAGCCUCCAAUAAGGAUUUGGUUUCCAAUGCUCCUCCUGGAUUCAGCCCAUCGUUUAGUGAAAAGAAGCAACUUAUCAUGUCCGAUAGGAUUGUCGGUACAUUCUUGGUUCCUGAUGAUAAGAUUUGGAACUACGCUUUCAUUGGCCCCGUUUGGGAUCCAAACGGUCUUUAUGACUUGAUCGUUGACUUGCCGCUCCCAUUCUACCAUGAGUCUCAUCGUCCUCUUCAUUUCAGUCUCUUCAACGAGAUCGAAGGCAAUGAGCUCGAAGCUACUCAGGAAAAUAACUUUGCUUGA